AUGUCCAGCUCGUCGACCCACCAGUGGACCAUCAUCCUCGUCUUGACCGCCAUUCUGCUGUCCCUCGUGGUGACCUUCCAGGUGCUCUCCAAAUACGGCGCUGCCUACUUUGCGGCGCCCAAGGAGAUCUCGACUUUUAUUGACUCGAUCGACUCUUCAAUACAGGAGAACGAGAGCUAUGACAGCGAUGUCGCCAAGGUGCCCCGCCUCGAGGAGAAGCUCCGCCUGAGCCGUCUGCUACGGGAGAUACAGAAAGGCGGCGACGACUUGCGAGAGUGCCUCAACGGCCUGCUGCUGUCAGAGGAGGACACACGCCCCAAGAUGAGCGCGAGGAUACUGUGGGCGUCCAAGAGGGCCGAUCUUGAAGAGAGGUUACGCAGACUCGAUCUGCUGCGCAUGCGCUUCCUCGUCAUCUACAUGAGCAUUGUCGCGGCCACCACCACCGCGGCUGCCGAGAAGGUCGAGAAGAGCGCAUCGCCCAAGGACCCGGAGAAGGCAGCGCACCACCCUCCCGCGAGGCAACACUCAAUGCCUGCGGGACUGAUGGAGGGCAUCAAGCGCAAACCGCCUCUGCGCAGGCUCACGACGCAGGCCAUGGGUCAUCACGACUCUUCUGAAGGAGGCCACCGCAGGGGUUGGGCUGGCGUGGUCCAGGAGCUGCAGAUGUCGCCUCUCAUGCACAAGCGGCAUGCCUCCAUCGAGAUGGCCAUGGCUCAGCCGCCACAGACGCCCUGA